GUUUCGCCUGUUUGUUUCCACAGCCAGCUGGGGUAACGAAGGAUCUUUAAACAGAGCGACGAACAGUACAGGUCGACGACGAAUCAUUUUUUCAUAGCUGAGCUAUUUUUGGUGUCAGUCUCCCUUUCCGGAGGCUUGAAUUAGCGUGACCCAAGAUGCCUCUAAAUGAUGAGCGACCUAACUCCACAUCCAGUGGUGAGGACCAAGGCAGUGAUGUGGAGUUGUUGUCAGAGCGCUAUGACAGCAUGACGUCGACCAGCGACCUGGACUGUUCCCGUGAAAGUUUCACGAGUGACUGCUCCAGCAAGCAUUGCACGCCCUCCUCAAGCCCACCCAAAACCUUAACCCUCGAUGAAGUGAUGGAGUCUGCUAGAGACCUGUCCAAUCUCAGCUUUGCCCAUGAGAUCAUUGUGAACCGCAACUUCCAUCUGGAGCCAGACAGCGUACCUCAGGACAGUUUAUGGAAGGUAGUUAGAGAUAAUGUCCACAAGGCUUUCUGGGACAUCCUGGAGUCCGAGCUCAACGACGACCCGCCUGAAUAUGGGCAAGCCAUCAGAUUAUUGGAGGAGAUCAGAGAGAUCUUACUGUCAUUCCUUAAUCCGGGUGCCAAUCGGAUGAGGACCCAGAUCAUGGAGGUACUGGACAUGGACCUGAUUCGUCAGCAAGCUGACAAGGAUGCUGUAGACAUCCAGGGGCUUGCCUCUUACAUUAUCACCACCAUGGGCAAGAUGUGUGCACCAGUUAGGGAUGAGGAAAUCAAGAAGCUUCGCGAAAGCGCAGAUAACAUAGUGUCAAUGUUCAGGGAGAUCUUCCGUGUGCUGGACCUGAUGAAGGCGGACAUGGUGAACUUCACCAUCGAUAACCUGAGGCCUGUGCUGCAGAGGCAGAGUGUCGAAUAUGAGAGGGCAAAGUUUCAGAGCGUCCUGAACAAAACACCCAGUGCUUUGGCCCACACCACCUCAUGGAUCAAGUCAGUACUGGAGGAGCUGCUGUCGGCCACCAUCCCCACAGAACAGACUAAAGGGCAGGGGAAAGGACAGCGAGCGCUGCCUGGGCCCUUUCAGGUCCUCAAUGCUGCCUUCCUCGGCAUCCUCACAUGGGACUACGAUAAGGGCCCACUGCCUGAGACCUGGAUGACUGAUGAGACUCGUCUGCGAGAGAUUCAGCGGCAGCUCCAGCAGUGUCAGGUGGUGAACGAGGUGCUGCUCAUUGUCUACAGCACCAUUGGAGGGCCUAUCCAGGGUCUGCCCUCCCUGUCUGACUGUGUGAAGAGGAUGACCAGUGUGCUGCUGGAUGGGAUGCACAGCCCGGAUUUUAACCUAGAAGAGGCACUAGAGGGCGUCAGUGCCCAGAUCUGCUGUGAGCUUAACAAGUCUUUAACAGAGAGGAGCUACACUGCUCUGACCCCGGCGCUGCAGGCCACCCUUAGAGGCCAGAUCUGCAGCAUCACUCAGAAGGACAAUCCCAUCCGCACUCUUGUUGAGGAUCGUGUGCAGCAGUACUUCAUGGCGCUCAUCUGUGAUCCCAAACCUCAAGCCAAACUUGAACAGGUACCAGCCGGCCUGACUGCCAUCAAACCUGAACUAGCAUUAAUGGGAGCAAAGUUCAUCUCCCUGGUCAACUACAACAAGACUAUCUAUGGACCUUUCUAUGCGGAUAUCAUCAGGAAGCUGAUGUUCAGCAGCAGCCCACCAGCAGCAAACCCUCCUCAGGACACCGCUCAGGACUCUGUCACCUCCAAUUAAAACCAAACUUUGGCUCAUGCAGUCUAAGGAGUUUAUUUUGCUACUAGACAUAGCUAAAACUAAGGAGGUACUAUAAUAACUAGGCAGUACAACUGCUUCGCUCAGCCAGUGUACUCCAAUAGUUGGAGUUACCUUCAGUGUAUUAUAAAUGUAGUUUUUAUCACUACAUUUAUCAGUGUAGGCACCAUGUCAAGUCAGUUUUAUUUAUAUAGCCCAAUAUCACAAAUCACAAUUUGCCUCAAGGGGCAUGCGGUCGACAUUUAAUGUGACCUGUGUUUUUUGUGAUAAAUGCUCUAAAAUAUGCUCUUCUAUGAACAUUUACAACUUAAAACUGGUAAAAACAGUAUUACAACAAUCCAUUUCUGAACCUAAUAGUGAUCCCUACAAUGUAAAUUUGUCUGCAGUCAAACUCCUGUUAUUGUGGAGGGACCACAUGGGGAAAACCUUAGUAUGUCUAAAGCAUACAGUAAGCUUCAUGACGCACAGAGGAAGAAGCUUAUAUAUUUAGAAAAGUAGCAGAGUAGCAUAUCAGAUUCUUUACAUAUAUCAAGUUAUUUAUCACUGUUAAAUUCUAAGGUAACUAUAUAGUAUAACUGCAGUUAACUGUGACUACCUUUGAGCUUAUUAAUGCAAAACAUUAGAUAGCCGUUUUCCCAUGGAAUUAGUCCUUUUGAUUGUUCUCCCUUUAACUUUAUCAGCCAGAGAUCUAAACUUUCUGUAUUCUGUUUAACUAACUGAUGUUACUAUACAGCAAAAACAUAGAAGUAGAAAUAAAAUAAAGUUUGGGAUUUUGAUUUCACAAAGAAAGAAAGAAAAAGUUGUCUGCAUGAGUAGCUUUUUGUUGAGGUUAUGUCAUUUUAGUUUUUACUAGAGUAAUUUGUUGAGUAUUUGCCACAUGUAUGUUCUCUACUUCUAGUUAUUCCCUGCCAGUGGAAUAGUUAUAUUGAUUUAGUUGCUAUGUUUGUUACAUUUUGAGGUACUGUAGUUGUUGCAGUAUUGCUGUGUAAAUACAAAAAAUAAAUUAAAAAAAAGUUUGCUCAGUAUUGCUGUGUUGGCUGUUAGAACCCAUGGGAAAAUGAAUGGUGCUGAACUCAAAGUGAUUUUGGGUCCAGUGGACUCAAAUGAUGCACAAAGAAAAGCAGUUAUGUACUUUUACAAAAGUUUACAUGAAAAUGUGGGAUGUUGUUCUUUGCUUCUGUACCACAGUUCGUAUAAUAAAACUUCAAAAAGAAAA